CGAUUUCAGCAAGCUCCUCCUCUUCGGUGAUGUAGUGAUAAGACGGAACCUCCUUAAUUACUAAUUUCACCAUUCCACUCCAAGCUCGCCUCUGUCCUAGAAGUUCCUUCAUGCAUGCAAUGUUCAAAUCCGAUCGCGUCUGACCUUUUAUUUUUUAAACACAAAACCCAAGGCUUGUUGUGAUUGCCCGGCAUGGGAGAUCAGAAAGAGCCGACAAUGGUGCACAAAUCCACUUCGUUUAGUAUCAAGAGUCUGCUGCUUCCUUCUAAAUGUGACAAACUGGAGUCGGGGGCCCCAGAGAAAAAUACUCUUCCUGCAGGCUCUGAUUCAGAGAAAUCACUCGAUCCCACGGAAAUGGACUCUACGCCGUUCAACCAGGAGAACCAGAAAGAGGAGGACGAAGGCAGCGACCGAGCAACAGAACCGAGCAAAAACGGAAAAUACGACAAACCGCCGUUUAGCUACAACGCGUUGAUCAUGAUGGCUAUUAGACAGAGUCCUGAAAAGAGACUUACGCUGAACGGCAUCUACGAGUUUAUCAUGAAGAAUUUCCCUUACUACAGGGAGCACAAGCAAGGGUGGCAAAACUCGAUCCGGCACAACCUGAGCCUCAAUAAGUGCUUUGUUAAAGUGCCGAGGCAUUACGAUGAUCCGGGAAAAGGAAACUAUUGGAUGUUGGACCCCUCGAGCGAUGAUGUCUUUAUCGGUGGAACUACAGGGAAACUUAGGAGGCGGUCGGCUACCUCCCGGGGAAAACUGGCGAUGAAGAGGGGACUCCGCUUUGCUCCGCUCGGACUGGGAUUGAACGAUAGGGCGAGCAACCCUUUGUACUGGCAAAUUUCGCCAUUUCUAUCUUUACAUCACCCUCACUACAACGGAUCUUCACCCGGAUUUCUGAACCAGGGCCACGCGUACGGUUCCCUGCUUUCUGGAGUUGAGCAGCUGGGGAACGGAGACCUCUCCCGCCCGAUUCUGGGGGGAUCUACCGGGGGGAUCAACUUGACAAACAGUUAUGGUGUGAGCACUUCUCCCGUUGGUUUACUGUCGGGACAAACCGGUUAUUUCGUCUCAGGGACCCAGCACGCUCAGUCUCUCCAGCAAAGCGGAGCUGGGUUCGCGGUUCCCUCCAGCUCGCCUCAGACUCUAAUUUCGGAAACACUCAGAACAUCUUUGCCUUCUUUUACACCCGGCGUUUCCAGUGGAUUCUCCGGGGUUUUGUCCCAUCAAAAGAGGGUCCCCAGCUCUUUCUUAAACUGACCACAUCACUGCAAGCAAAGGGGAAAGUCUGAAAUAGCUGCGUACAAGCCCUCCCCAUUAACCUUAAUCGAGACAUAAUUUAAUUGCUGAGUAAGUCAAGAUCCAAGAAGACAAUUCGAUCACUAAGCUGUUAUGGCCAUAUUCAUCUAUCCUGAAGUGCGAUGUUUUCUUACGUAUGAAAGGGACAAACUUGUUACCUGUAGUUUAUAAACUAACUAGUCU